UAUUGUAACAUUUUGUAACUCUUUCAUGACACUUUAUAUUGUAACACUUUCAUUUCAGAUUUGAUGGAGGAGAAUGAGGCGAGUGAAGCGCAGAAACAUCAUCAUGGCAAAACUAAAAAAUCUCACUCACAGACUGAAAGAGUUUCUUUACUGAAAAGAAGAGACAAGAAAAGUUUCACCUGCACUCAGUGUGGAAAGAGUUUGUCAAGCAAGAAGAGUCUCAAUGUUCACAUGAGGAUCCACACUGGAGAGAAACCAUUCACAUGUGAUCAGUGCGGGAUGAGUUUCACACAAUCAUCAAACCUUCAGAGACACAUGAGCAUCCACACUGGAGAGAAACCACAUGAAUGUGAUCAAUGUGGCAAAACAUUUUUGUGGGCUUCAAGCCUGAAGGAGCACCUGAAAGUUCAUUCAGAGGAGAAACCACAUUCAUGUUCUUUAUGUGGAGAGAGUUUUUCACGGCUGAAGAAUUUAAAAGUACAUCAGAAAAUACACACUGGUGAAAAAGCUCAUAUGUGCUUUGAGUGUGAGAAAACUUUUAUUAGAGCUGAUCAAUUGAAACGGCACCAGAGGAUCCACACUAGAGGAUCCACACUGGAGAAACCUUACAAGUGUUCACACUGCGACAAGAGAUUCAGUCAGACAAGAAAUCUGAAAAGACAUGAGAGUAGCCACACUCGAGAGAAACUGUAUCACUGCACUGCAUGCGGAAUGAGUUUCUGUCAUUCAUCAGCUUUAUGUAGUCAUACAAAAUACAAACACAGUAAGUAG